GGGAGGGUCGGUUUGAGAGUGUGUUUGGGUUCUGUGCAGUGAGUUGACUUCUGUGUCACAGGGACCAUGUCUUCGCCUCUGGAGAAGCCGCAGAUCAUCGCCCACGUACAGAAGUCUGUCAAUUACACUCUGUUUGACUGCAAAUGGAUCCCGUGCAGCGCCAAGUUCGUGUGUCUGGGGAACACGGCCAGAGGAAGCGGCAUCUUACAGAUCUACGAGAUCAACCACGGGGAGGCCAAGCUCGUCAAGGAGAUUGAAAAAGCAAGACCUUUAAAAUGUGGGACCUUCGGAGCAAGUUCUUUACAGCAAAGAAAUUUAGCAACGGGAGAUUUCGAUGGAAACCUCCAUGUGUGGAACUUGGAAGCCGCCGAGACUCCAGUGUACUCUGUGAAAGGCCACAAAGAAAUCGUAAACUGUAUAGAUGGAGUGGGAGGAUUAGGCAUUGGGGAAGGUGCCCCAGAGAUUGUAACUGGAAGUCGUGAUGGAACCGUGAAAGUUUGGGACACAAGGCAAAAGGAUGUGCCAGUUGCUAAUAUGGAACCAAUGGAAGGAGAAACCAAGAGGGAUUGCUGGACAGUGGCAUUUGGCCAUGCCUAUAAUCAGCAGGAACGUGCUGUAUGUGCUGGGUAUGACAACGGUGACAUUAAGCUGUUUGACCUCCGCAACAUGUCCCUUCGAUGGGAGACAAAUAUUAGGAAUGGGGUCUGCAGCGUUGAGUUUGACAGAAAGGACAUCAUGAUGAACAAACUGGUUGCCACUUCGUUAGAAGGAAAAUUUCAUGUAUUUGACAUGAGGACCCAGCACCCGACCAAAGGUUUUGCCAGCGUCUCAGAAAAGGCUCACAAAUCUACUGUAUGGCAAGUACGCCAUCUCCCACAAAACAGAGAUAUCUUCAUGACAGCAGGAGGUGCGGGAAGUCUCCAUCUUUGGAAAUAUGAGUAUCCAGCUCAGCGAACGAAAAAAGACUCUGAUGAUGUGGAUAUGGGAGUAGCUGGGACCGUCAGCCUCUUACAGAAUGUGACGCUAUCGACACAACCAAUUUCUAGCUUGGACUGGAGUCCGGAUAAAAAAGGAUUGUGUGUUUCCUCAUCAUUUGACCAGACUGUCAGAGUCCUGAUAGUUACCAAGUUGAAUAAACUUUGAUCCAGAUGUUUUAAACUGACCAAAAUAGCUCUCCAAAGACAAUAAGGAUCCAGGGUUUCAAAUUUGACAUUUGAAUAAUCGCGUCUCCGUCUCGAGGCCGAUCAUCUAUCUGUUACCCAUCUGAAUAUACUGCGAAAUGAAUCCAUAGUUUAAUAUUUCAUAUUGUAUUUCAUUGUCUUCCGUUCAGUGCCAUGACUGUGGCUUGGAAGUUUUUAUAUAAUGCAAGUGCCUGGUUAAUCUUUAUUUUGUUAAACUGCAGAACAAGGCUCCUAGGAUCUUGGUUAUAUGUUGCAAAUAAACUGCAGCUUCUUUAUUGUUCACAA